UCAAUCCCAGAUGGAGGGUGCCUUUCAGCUCAUCGCCUCUCUCUGGCUAGCUAGCAGCAGCUAAUUGUUCCUAGCUAGCAAUCUAUUAUGGUUGUGUGUGAAUAUAAUUGGCUAAGUGUGCGAAUAGAAUUGACCAACCAACUUGGUCUCCCUGGUCUAUGAUAUAAAUCCAAAGACUCCAGCUUCUCUACUAGCUAGCUAGUACUAGUGGCUAGUAAGUCUUCCCCGUAGCCAGCAUCCGAGGCUGUCCUGCAACUACAAUUCUAGCUAGUCAUUCUCUUGGCUGGGUGUUGUUUGUACACGCAACGACAUUGGCUUGUUGCCAUUUUACCCGGUUGCCAUACAGGACCCUGCAGUUUUGGGCUUGGGAACACAGCAUCAGAUGUCAUUCGUGGUUGGCGCAGGAGUCACUGGAACGCAUGCGGUUGUGGGGCCGAAGUCAUGAUCAAAGCGGCUCGACCCGUCAUGAAGGCCACUGAGCUGCCUUUCAAGGCAAUGUAAAUGCUAAGUAUACCAUGAACAUGAGCUAGCUAGCUAGCUAGCUAGCUAGAAAAUCCUGGUCUUUCUGAAAAAGUAAAGGCUUGUUUUGGAAGAAGUGGGCUCAUAAUUCAGAAUCUUAUCUCGCCUAAUAAAAGCAAGACAGAAGGUCCUUUUUCAAACACUACUAUUCAAACCAACCACCGGUCCAGGAACACAUACCUAUAUACUCACUAUGAAGAUCCACGCUGCCAAGAUCGCACUCCUUUCCGCUCUUCUAGUUUGCUCCUACGUAGAAGGAGCUUCCAAUCUUCGUAAGCACAAUCAUGAGCAGUCACAGCCGCAAACAAGGAGGAGGAGGAGCCUUUCCUUGGUGGCUACCACCAUCAAUGCUGUCAUUGACUUCUUCAUGCCAAUUCUGAAUGGUUCCAUUCAAAUAGCACUCGGCAACGUUCCGCUUUCCGAUAUACAGCAAACUACGGAUUUAGGUCAAAUCGACUUUGGUUUUUGCCAAGCUGGCGGCUCUCUUUCCUAUUCUGUUGGACAACUCCAAGGUCUUCCAACCUUCGAGAUUGAGACGUUCGAACUUGUUCCCGGCACAGAGCGCUUUGAACUAAACUGGGGAGGACUAGGUGGAGCCACCUGGGACGGAACGUGGGUAGUAAGAGCAUCGUUUGAUAGGCUGGUGUCAGGAGCAUCUGCAACCAUCAGCGGUGAUGCAUGCUUGUUCGGUUUUGACGAGUCGGUGUCAGGGUCCAUUGCCAUGGCGAAUCCUGCAAUGAAUUUCCGCAUCCGAAUUGCGGGAGACAGUCCAAACCUCGCUCUGCUCGGAUCCUCCCUUGCGGAAUCUAUUGAGUUUCAGGAGGUGAGCAUCAGCUAUGACUCAAUAUCCCUGAACAUUGGUGCCUUUGGCGGUAAUGUUGAAUUUGACAUUGACGGCACAUUGGAGCAAGUCUUUUUGUCCAACUUGAAUGACAGCAUCCUUCCAUUGAUUACCGAGACACUGACGAACGAGUUGGGAAAUGGCCUGGGAUUUGGCAACUAAACUUGGGGCAAGUUUUGCUGCAGCUUACUCAAAACAAACAAAAACGAGUAAAACCAUCUAGGAAAGAUUUUGUCUGGGGAAAUCACAUUCCAAACGUCCUCGUGCGAUGUUCUCGACCAUCCCAACGGCGAAUGAUUUGGUGGUGGGAUCCGCUAAGGAUGCCCCCAGUAGAUACUUA